AUGUUUUCCUCGCGCAGAGUCUUACAGUCGCAAUUACGCCUCCUCCGGAACAAGCCGCUGUUACCAUGUCGAUACACACUUCGUCCCUCGAGGAACACCAGUACUGCCGCCCAUGAACCGAUACCUCAACCGUCGCGGUGGCCGCGACGCCUGGCGUACAUUGCGAUUUUCGGUAGCCUUGGGAUUGCUGCCGGAAAGUGGAUGGAUAGGAAGCUCGCACCACCGCCAUUGCCCGAUACAGAGGAAGAUCGCGAAAGACUAGAAGAAAUCCGUUACAUCUACGAACACGGGCUGCCCAUCGUGAAGGAACUUCGAGAGAACCCCGACUAUAUAGAGGCUGAGGUAUACGGCAAUUAUUCGGAGGAAGAUAAAUUACAGAGGCUGAGUUCGGGUCCUUUACGAGGUAGCCGAGGGUUAGCAUUCCAGAGAAUAUUCUACAAUGAUAAGGAGAAGGAGGCCAUCAAUGUCGCAUAUGUCGGACCGGGAUUAGAAGGAUGGCCGACGGUUGUUCAUGGAGGUGCUCUGGGGACCGUGAUCGAUGAGCAUCUAGCCCGAGUCGCAAUCAGACAUCUUCCACAACGCACUGGAGUCACGGCCAAUCUACAGCUCAAAUACCGUGCACCGGUGUACUCGGGUAACUUUUACACCUUCCAUGCUACUCUGGACGAGGAACGGAGCACAGAACGCAAGGCAUGGGUGAAGGGAGAAGUACGCGACCCCAUGGGACGGUUGUGUAUCGAGGCUUCCGCCCUCUUUGUAGUCCCCAAGUCCUAUAAGCUUCAAGAGGUUGGAGAACGCUAUUGA